CUGAACUUGAAGAGGAGAACGACAGAAACCUUCCUCCGAACUCCUGCUCCAAGGAUAUCUCGUUGCUCAUUGGGAAUCAUGAAGCUGUGCCUUUCGUUCUUCAUGUGGUUAUAUCAAUUAAUCAUGAUGUGGAAUAAAAAGGAUGAGCGUGAGGCUGUUGACAGUCCGGGCCAUAACCAUUUCUGGAUACUUGAUGACGUCACCAACAUGGAUGUCGUAGUGGGACAUCGAGGAAACUCACUCAUUACUUUAUUCGAGCCCUAGCGACUUAGUUCCCUACCCAUAUCCCAUGAAACCUUGCAAAAUUACAGAAGACAAGCAACUACACACAACAAGCAAAGAGCUGGUGGUGGUCGCGAUGACGAGAAGGAAAAAUUCAGAUGAAAAGUCGGGUGGAGGUCCAUGUUGCGAAGGGCUCGAUCGAGGAAUAACCUCUAUUUAGUUGAGGUUUUCAGGUAUGCAACAUUUUUUUUGAUUCCUAAAAAAAAUCUUUUAAAAAACUAGAAUUUGUCAAAAUUCCAAUCGAGUGCACGAGGUUUUUGCUCGAGUGCACGAAUGUUGAAAGUCUGUUAGUGUGCAAACUACCAGACAGAUUCCUUUGUUCAGAUCCAUCGGAGUAUUGUGUAAACCAUAAAUUUUAACCACGCGUUGUGGCCGACCAAUUUAAAGUAAAAGGACAAUUAUUUAUCGGACCUUUAUAAUCCUACAUUGUGAAUUUCAGAUCAAGCCAACAGCAUGGAUGAACACAUUCAGUAUCUCGAGACACUUUGUCGUCUUUGUGGCACAAAUCUGCCACGGACCUGGGUCAGUGCUACAAACAAAGAAUCUUUUAAAUCGGAGCUCUGGAUGAAAUUUCGAAUCAAUGUAGAUCUUGACAUCAGAGAGAUUCAUUCAGCCAAGGCGAAUGCACACUAAAAAAUAAUUUCAGGAAACCACGGAUCUAACACAUAAAUGUGAUUAUCCAGCGAGUAAGUUCUCCUUCGGGCAAACAUAAAACAAAGAGGUAUUCGUUCACUGAGCUCUCACAUCUUUAGGUAUCGUAUCCGGGAAAUGUGCGAUAAGAGCGGCAUGAAGAUGAAAAUAAAGAAAUCACAUUGGUGGAAAGCCUUGCCGAAGUGUCUCUAUUACAGCAUUCCGGAAACAAAGGUUAGAGUUUAACUACACGAACUGAUGAGAGUGAAAUUUUCGUCUAAAACCACAAGGGACUUGUCUGUAAUUGUGAAACUCGUUUAGAAACACCGCUCGUGCUUUCACAUUUUGCAGUGAUUACCAAAACAAACUUUCUAUACAGGGUGUUCAAAUCAAAGGGUAAUUGUAGAGGACAUAUUAUUGCUGACUAAAAGCUGUAGGACCGAAUUUGUAGUGUUCUGAGACCUAGAUUCUCCCGCGAAUCGAUCAAUAGCGCGUAAAAUACCUUGUAUGAUUCUCUUGCAUUGAAUUCGAUCAUGUGUAUUCGUCUUAAUAUAGAUUGUGAUUACUUGAUUUUAUUUUAUCCCACUCAUGUUUUUAUUGGCGUUUAUUUUCCAGGUAUCAUAAUUUCAAGAUCAAAGCUCCACGUGGAUCACCGCUUGUUAUUCAAAGUGAAGACGACGACACGUAUGAUUCGCAUGCACUGGCUUGUCUUCUUCCACGAGAAAUGGAACGCAUUCCAGAGGCUCUACGAGAAGUCCAGAUUUUCAGCAAAUCGCAGAGAAAGACAUACACUUUAGGAGAUGUCAAAGGGCAGCAGAUCGGCACGGUUCAGCACUUUCUAAACAUACAGCUGCAUGCUUUGCUUCGAUGUGGCAAAAUAACCAGGAAUUGAAGGGUGAGUUACUGUUUUCUUGCUUUACUGUUACUUUUUCGUAAAGGCUUGCUGGACUGAAAUUGAUAAUGUCUAUUUAAAAAUCGGAAAGAAGCAAGAUAUUGUCUUUCCUCGACCUAUACUGGAGAGAAAUGAAAUUGUCCAGAUUCCGCGAUCUCACACCUCACUCGUCCCAAUUGUUAUCAGUGCGCGUUAUUUGGUUCAACUUUAUUUAAUUGGUUUUCUUGUAACCCAAAAUAGGGAAAUCAACGGAGAACGGACAGUAACAUCGAGGUCAAGCUUUACCCAGAAGUUCUCCAGAUACAAACAGGCUGGCGGAGGAGCUUUUAUUCCUGUGACGCUCUUGGUGAAAGGACCACAGCGUUACAAAGAAUUUGUGCUAGAAAGAAUCCGCUUUACUCUUCCAGAAUGCGAGAAUGUCGAGGACAUGCAUGUUGAAUGUUUGAAAUAA